UCAAGAUUCUCAAAUACAGACCUCCUGCUUGGUUAAUAAGAGCUAAAUAAAGUUCCGUGUGUAUCGUAUUUGAAACACUUGUUUUACAUUCACGCCGCCGCAAGUUAUGCUUUGCUUACGUUUAAAAACAGAACGCUUGAAAAAGCAAAGUUGUUUUUCUUUUGGUGAACCUUUUACCCAGGCAGGCAUGGUCGGAGUUACGUCGCAGCAACAUUAAUUUCCAGUAACGGGUUGGCUGGCUAUUCCUGAUCAUAAACUUGACACGAGAUUAGUAGCUGUAUUAUUUCACGCUUUUCAUGCUUAAUCCUUUUAGACAAUGCCACUCCUGAUCAGAUGAACGAUUUCAUAGAAGAAAUUACCCUGAUGAAAGCUGUUGGUUCACACAAGAAUAUCGUGAGUUUGAUUGGCUGUUGUACCAAGUCCACGCCAAAUUUCCUCAUCGUGGAGUUUGCAGCAAAAGGAGACUUGCUUUCUUAUCUGAGAGAACGACGAAAAAAGGUAAAAUACACGAAUAAGGAUUACGUAGACAUACGCAAAGACACUUCAGAUGCACCAGGAUCAUUGAACAAGGAUAGUUCAGGCAUUUAUUGUGGGCCAGGUGUAAAUGACAUUGCCCAAGUCAACGUCGCCUUCUCGAAAACGGACAGCAGCAUUGAUGUAACAUUUAAGAGCGUUCACGCCUUGAAUGAUGAAGAACAAGAUAAAGGUGUCGAUGAAGACGAUUCUAUAACCCCUCAGAACAUGAUGUCCUUCUCCUGGCAAAUAGCACAAGGAAUGCAAUACUUAUCAGCAAAAGGCAUUGUUCAUCGAGAUCUUGCCGCUCGCAACGUCUUAGUCUGUGACAACAAACUUGUCAAAGUCGCUGAUUUUGGCUUGGCGCGGAGCACGCUGGGAGAGAAUGUCUAUCACAUGACAGGUCAACACAAUAAGCUUCCUGUGAAGUGGAUGUCACCUGAGGCCAUAAAUGACGGUGUUUUUACCACAAAGAGUGACGUAUGGUCAUAUGGCGUUCUUCUCUGGGAAAUUGCGACUCUUGGAGGGUUCCCUUACCCUGGCAUUAAAAACAGAGAACUUAUGAAACUUCUGAGAAGAGGGUACAGAAUGGAAAAACCAGAUACAUGCUCAGAGGAGUUCUAUCAAAUGAUGAGGCGCUGCUGGGUGGACAAUCCUGAUGUGCGGCCAACCUUUACCGAACUGUGCCAAGAACUAGAGGACUGGAUACAAAGAGAAAUACCAUAUCUGGACAUGGAUCAGUUAAAUGAAGAUCAACCGUACUAUGACGCGUCAGUAGUAUCACUGUCCAGUGGAUCUUCAUGCGACGGACAUGCUCCUGGAGAGAGUCUCGAUUCAAACCCUGCCGCAGACAAUUUGGCCUGCGAUGACGACGAAGUUACAUCCCAAUCUACAAACUUUUAAACAAUAUUAGUGUAAUCAACGCAGGCAAAAUAAGGUUUCCUUUAAAAUCGCUAGUAGUAUACCUCAGAUAAAUAGACCAAUUUAUCCAUAAAUUCAUUUGCCUUGAGUUAAUGAGAUAAGGAUGGUAGAACUGGUUUAAUGAGAUACAGGACAUGGCCUUGGCUGUUGCUGUGGUCCGCUUUGAUGAUGCUGGUACCUCUUUACCAGACUCCUUCCCGCCGGAUCUCUUUGCUCUUCGCCGCUGGCGCGCGUGAGCCUGCUCGCAGACUAAUCGAGCCUAAAACGGAAAUAAUAGUGUUUCCUUUAUGAUUUUUUCUUCAAGUACACCCUAAAAGACACUUUGACAGCUAAAAAUAGUGGCGUUUCGUCACCAAGAAUCCCUUAUUUACACCCUUAAGCGAGAAGAAGAACAUCCCAGACCUUUUCUUAUGGGACUCCUAUUUAUAUGAGAGUGUUUGCAUCUUGGAACACAUCUGAGCAAACUGACCUGUAAACUAAGGGACGAAAAACUAGGGGCAUGUGUUACAAAGCUUGUAUAAGAAAGAAUAAUGAUUUUGUAAAUAUUUAGAGUUUUACAGGAAAUAGCAUAAACGCAAUGAAAUAAACUUGAAGUGCGCAAGAAUUGACGUAACCAGACUUUUCUUAAACUUUAAUUUAAAAUAUUGUCCGUUCUUUUUUUCUGAUAUUGGAAACCGGUUGGUAAACGGGAGUAGAUUCUUGCUUAUCGCAGAACCAUGGCAGGUUAAUUACUACUUAUUUCUAAAACAGAAAAACAAUUAUUUAGCGUCCGACUAAAAUAUUUAAUUUACAGUACAGCAUAAGACUUUAAGCGUAUCAAGAAAUGGUCUAUUGUUCCGGCUCAAAAAUGAAUAGCCUUUUGUUCUUGGUAGCCCUGAGGGACUUCGUCCGAAGCCAAGCUAAAAUCGACGCCGUUGUUCGGAAAACUUUCGGCACAACAAUUAAGCUGCACUUGAAUGAACUCAAUUUUAGUUAACAAUUCUAGAACGAUGGAGUCGUGAUUCACAAAAAAUACGUUGAGAGUAAAGCGAAAAUUAUUAAAGAGCGGAGAAACGCUACCCAAAACAUCGCGUCUGUAAUUUUAAUUAGUGUGAUAUUUGUUCUCUGAUUUCUUUCCGCUGGAAAUCACUGUGGACAUCAAUUGGUCGGCGAAAAGAUGCGCGAGCUUCGAAGCGCUGUUAAGAACUAUUAAUCUCUGGCCGAAUGCUGUACUGAAAGCAGUCUCUCCUCCUGCUUUUCAAUCCGUGGGUCGAACGCGGGAACAGCAGGAGCGCG